UCACAUGAGCGGUUUGUUGUGACUGAAAUUCAUCUUGCACAACAUGUAGCUUUAAUAUAACCGUAUUAGCGUGACUUUUGUUAGUUUUUUAUGAAAUUAAAAACCGAGGCACUACAUGUCAGCAUCUUCCAACGAGGCAACAAACACGACUUUCCUUUAAGUGACAGCGUUUCGGGGUUUUCCACUGCGACGCUAAUGACUGCUUACGUUUGUCUCUAAAACACGAAGUCAUGCUUCGGUGGAUUCUCGGUGGUCGGGAAGCUCAGGGCUCAGUGGAGAAAAGCCCUGUGUUGUGCAUCGGAGAGGAACAGCCCAAAAACCGGUUCACUGAGCUGCAGGUGCUGAAAGGACAUUUUGACAUUGUUCGAUUUCUGGUGCAGAUUGAUGACUUCAGAUGUGCCUCAGCAGGAGAUGACGGCCUUAUUUUGGUGUGGAACGUUGAGACUGGUGAGAGGCUGCAGGAGCUGAGGGGCCAUUCCCAGCAAAUAACAGCCAUAACCACCUUCACCUGUAACAAUGAAGUCACAUCGCACACCUCGCUCAUCACCGCCUCCUCAGACCGAAGCCUCAGUCUGUGGGACCCUGACACAGGCAACAGGGUUCAGACCAUUUCAGAUCUUCAGUCUUCUGUAAAGUGUUUGCUGGUCCUGGAGCGGCUGUGUGUGUGGGUCUCCGGUGGGGAAGAACUGUGUGUGUGGAACAAAGACUUUCAGCUGCAGUGUCACAGACAGAACCACAGCGACACUGGAAUAACUGCUUUGAUAGAGCUGCCAAAGAACUGCAUAGCAGCUGCUAUGGAUAAAGAGAUAGUGAUCUACAGGCUGACCGUCUGUGAUUCUUCCGUGUCAGUGGCUGAGAUCCGCCGUUUGUCCGACCACCAGGACCAGAUUCGAGCUCUUAUUAACAUCAAUGACAGGCUCUUUGCCAGCGGUUCCCAUGCGGGCGAGUUAGUCUUGUGGGAUGCGAUUGAGUGGAACAUCCUGGCCUACCAACACAUCCUGUGGGAGGAGUCACAAGCCAGUACCCAGACUGAAAUACGAAUGGGUGCCCCCAAACCCAGCGAGAUGUCCAUUCAGCAUCUGACCACCAACGGAAAGCUCAUCCUUGCAGCUGUGGGCAGCGGUCUCUAUGUGUACAAUGUUGAGACCAAAGCAGUGGUGACCUACAGGAAGGUUGCACAUGACUCUAAUGUGUUACACACUAUGCUGCUGUCUGACAGCGAGCUGAUGUCCUGCUCUGAGGAUGGCAGCGUGAGGAUGUGGGAGAUCCAGGACUUGCCUCCUUCUGCUGAACCAGCCUCUCCAGGGUUCUUUGGGAUGUGGAGUUUUAGCCGGUCAAACAAACAGUCUGGUCCGCCAUCAAAGAAGGUCAUGGACAUCCCCAACAUCAGGAUGCUGGAGUUGACAGGAGACCUGAUUGGACACUCAGGAGCAGUCCAGAUGUUUGUGAGCUUCAAGGAGAACGGUUUGGUCACGUGCUCGACGGACCACCUGCUGAUUCUGUGGAAGAACGGAGAACAACAGUCCCAGCUCCGCAGCCAGGUGCUUUUCCAGAAAUUGGAGGAGAAGGGAGGACUUUGACCUUUAACCCUCAAAUCACUGCCUUAAAAAACAGGAGAGGCGGGAGGUUGUCGCUUGAUGUUGCUCACAAAUCAUGUGAAUUUUGGUGUAAUGAUUGUUGUUUACAUUUACUGAUAGUGUUAUUGAUUGACUUUGGACUGAAGACUAUUUAACUAAAAUUUUUGAAACUGAGUGAAUACCUCAUCUCAGAAAUUGACUCAUAGUUUUGCUUCCACCCUGGAGUGUUGGAGCGCUGUGAUGUUACAGUAAAGUCAGUCAUUUUGUACCAAGCGUUGCCUAUUAUGAGUUAUAUGCUGGUACAAGGUGUGAUGGAAGAACUCAGACACUGUUUAUGUUGCACAAGCAGCAUGUGCAAGCAGUCACUGUCAGAGUCAGUAGACUAUGUGAUGCUGCGCUACUGUGUCAGGGGCAUUUUUGCGACCACUGGUACAUGUGCAUUUGUGGUUCCUCCAUGGACCGGAGCAGAGACAAAACAUCUCUCUCUCUCUCUGUUGGUCGGCAGCCGGGACGAUCCAACCCUCAUGUGGAGGAUCAUCACUGAGGUACGUCUGUGCCUCUGACCCAGAGACCACACAGCAGUUUUCAUAGUGGAAAAGCUUCAGUCUCGAGGACUGGACCAGCCACAUCAGGUCAGGAGCCCACCAGGAGCAUUCUCCUUUUUUUUUUCUACACGUGAAUGUGCACUGUGUGUUCGUCCCCCGGGUUUGAUGGUCAACACAGGGUUCCACUGUAACAUUUUAAGGUGUUUGAGAGAGAAGAUUCAGAGCAAACAACCUCAACUGCAGCACAAUGGCAUGUGUGUGCUCCAACUGCACUGUUGCCUUUGCCUUUUUAUUUACUGCACUGGUAUGCUGCUGCCUGUGCUCCUACUAGGAUUGUAAGACUCCCUGCAAUAAGCACCAAAUCUCCUCCAAUGAGUCAAAAAGUCGACUCUUCAGUUUGAAUUUCUUUUUGGGGAAGUCAAUCUGGUGAGUGGUGCCGGUGGAGAGCGACCACUAUGGUGGUGUGGCCUCACAUCCGGUGCAUAAUUCACCCGAUGUGGACCAGCUCAAAGCACAGCAGGAGCACCCAAAUGUUAUUGCGCCGCAGUUUAAGUCUUUUAUACAGAAUGCUCUCCCUCAGACGUUUCACUAGAACUCUGUGUUCAACCUUGGGGGGCAAAUCCAACCACGUGGACGCUGAAGAGAACUGCUGGGCCGUAGCCAUAAAUCCAACUUUGUAACCAGUGAUGAUCCUUGAUUUGAGGUUUUGAUCAUCCCAUCAUCACAGAAUGUGAUGUUUUCUUCUCUGCAUCAGUUUGCGGUCCACCUGCUAGUAGUCACAGAAACAUCUGGAGGGCAGAUUCCUGAUGUUGAUCGCACAGGGUCAUGUGGAAUCCUGACUCGUGACAGUCACUGCUCGCACAUGCUGCACACACGUGCAACACAAAGGGUCGCAGAGCUUCUUGAUCGCACUUGUAUAAGCCUGUUCCAUGUGCAUUAUUCUACAGUUUUGUUUUUUUUAAAUCCCGUCCGCCAAAAACACCUGUUCUGGUUCUUGUCUGCAUGUGUUAAUUUGCACUGAUGUAUUUUGUGAUUUCUGGCACUUUUUUGUGUUCUUGCGAAGAGUUGGAUAAGAAAAUUGAUGCCACUGUAUCUGUCUGUUCAAAACAAAAAGCUCAGAACAAAGAUUAGAAAUGGGAAAACCACUGGUGUGGCUGUGACCAAAGGUAAAAAAAAAAAUCGCUAUACCCCCACCCUAAAAGCUCACUUAUGAAUGAAUGUUGUUUCUGAACAGAUGUGAGAGCGGUUUUGAUCUUCUCGUCCACCUCAUGUAAAGAAGGCAAAUCAGAACAUUUCAAGCUAUUCCUCUAAACAUGUUGCUGCCAUUGAUGUAACGGUUUCAUAUUUAAAGAAUGCUUUAAUCGUC